CCGGCGGCUACCCGAGCGGAGAGAUGUGUGGCGGCGGCCAAGGAAGAGACUGUGGUCGCCGGACGCCGCCGGGAGCCGCUCCUGAGGCAAGACGACGACGCUUUCCCACCACGCUGCUGCUGCUGUGCGCCUACCUGGCUUACCUGCUGCUGGGCAGCGCCGCUUUUUGGGCUAUGGAGGGGCCGGUGGAGCGCGACACGGCGCUGAGGUUGCUGCACCAGAAGUGGCAGCUGUUGGACAACCACACGUGCCUCGACGGGGAAGCCCUCGAGCGCCUUGCCAAGCGUAUCAUCCAGGCCUACAAGAAUGGACUUAUCCUUAAAGGAAAUGCAAGCCUGGGGAGAUGGGACUUUGUUGGCUCCUUCUUCUUCUCUGUUUCCGCGGUAACUACCAUUGGUUAUGGAAACUUGAGCCCCAGCACAGUUGUUGCACAGGUUUUCUGCAUCUUCUUUGCCCUUUUUGGGAUUCCCUUGAACCUUGUGCUCCUGAACAGAAUAGGACAGCUAAUGCUCUCUGUUGUUCAGCAAUGUGCCUGCCACCUAGGUGAGAAGUUUCAUUGGCAGAAAGGGGCUGCUGUGUUGACACGGACUUGCGCACUGGUUGGUGGGCUUUUACUGUUCCUUCUGCUGCCUCCUCUGUUAUUCACUGCCAUAGAAGGCUGGACCUAUGAAGAAGGAUUCUACUAUUCUUUCAUUACUCUCUCCACAAUAGGCUUUGGAGAUUAUGUAAUUGGUAUGAACCCUGAUCGCACUUACCCUGUCUGGUAUAAGAAUGUGGUAUCUCUGUGGAUUCUGUUUGGAAUGGCCUGGCUAGCCCUGAUCAUCAAUCUUUGCAUCAGCUUACUAGAAAACUACAGUGAACUCUGCCAGUGCUGCAAGAGGAAGGGCAGAGUGGUAGAGCAGGAGCUAAUGAAUGGCAACCAAAAUGUCAGUUUGGGACUUGAGGAUGAGCAGAGCUGCAGUGUGAAGGCCACCAAGCCAGUGGGGCCAGACUGAUUUGCAUACACUGGUGUUUUUCUAGUGAAGGGUUUUUAUGAUCUUGCUGACUAACAGAAGUGUUGCUACUUCAGAAAUGAUGGGACACUGAGGCCAUGGUGGAAAUCAAACUGUUCUUUUGGGUGGUCAAGAUUUGUUUUACAUGAGAGAUUUUUUUUCCUGCAUGAAAAUGAAUUGUUAUGGAAGAAGAGCAAGUAAAUGCCAUCUUGUGGGAAACCAUGGGAAGGUUUCCUUGCUGAAGUUCACGAGUUGAGAAACCACAAGCUUUUCUACUUCUAUGUUUGCGUGUCUGUGUAGCUGGCAAUGUAUAUAACUUUCUCCUCAGCUUGAUGGGUUACUUCUGUGUCAGAGAAAUGUGAGGGGCAAAAGGGUUCUCACUUUUAAAUGAGUAUCUAAAAUGUCUCUGUUAUCGUGUAUAUACUGUUACUUACCAGCUUUGUAAGGCCAUUUGCCUAGCAUAGAGUUGCACAGUUGUACAGAAGAUUUUUAUAAGCUUGUAAAACAAGUUGGGCAGUCAGUGUAUAAAUACCAUGAAACAUAUCUUUUUUUUAAAAAAAAGAUGAAUGUGUUACAUUUUAAGAAAACACACAGUUGAUUGCAAUAUGGUGUGCCUUGUAUUAUAACAUGCUGUAAAUAAAGUUUUGGAUCCACAAAA